AGUGCCUUGAAAAAGCCAUAAACUACCUCUAACCUAAACCCAUCCUAUUAAAAUACUCACAGGCACAGCUCACUUUCCCAACAUUUGUCUACAGACCCUGUAAUUAAACCCAUUAACACAUUCAUCCCAAAAAUGGCCACUCAGUACCAGCCUCUCCGCAUCUGCUUCUCUCCUCUUCCAGCCAAAAGCAAGCACAACCAUAAAAUCCGACCAUUCCUUGUCAGAUCGUCCUCCAACAACUCUAUUUCGGGCCGCAAGCUACAAGCUGCCGUUAUUGGUGCUGGUCCGGCCGGAUCCUCAGCCGCCGAGGCUCUGGCUUCCGGUGGCGUUGAGACAUUCCUAUUCGAGCGCAACCAUCCUUCCACCGCGAAGCCCUGCGGUGGUGCCAUCCCUCUCUGCAUGCUCGACGAGUUCUCCAUUCCUCUUCACCUUAUCGAUCGUCAUGUCACUCGCAUGAAAAUUAUAUCCCCGUCGAAUCUCGCCGUCGACUUCGGCUCCAAAACGCUCAAGCCUCACGAGUUUAUCCCCAUGCUCCGCCGCGAGGUACUCGAUUCCUUCCUCCGCUCCCGCGCCGAAUCGAAGGGUGCACAGCUCAUCAGCGGACUCGUCACAAAGCUCGACGUUCCGACCUCCGGUAACUCUCCCUACGUAAUACACUACACGACAAACUCGUCUCUCCGCUCCCUAGCCGUUGAUGUAAUCGUCGGCGCAGAUGGCGCCAAUAGCCGAGUCGCCAAUACCAUCAAAGCAGGUAAUUACAGUUGUGCCAUCGCAUUUCAAGAGAGAAUCCAACUGCCGGACGAUAAAAUGGAGUACUAUCAAAAUCUGGCGGAGAUGUAUAUCGGUGAUGACGUGUCACCCGAUUUCUACGCCUGGGUUUUUCCAAAAUGUGACCACGUGGCAGUGGGGACAGGCACGGUGUGUGCCAAGCGGCAUAUCAAAUCGUACCAAAGAGGGAUUAGGGAGAGAGCUAAGCACAAGAUCAACGGUGGGAAGGUGAUCAAAGUGGAGGCCCACCCAAUACCGGAGCAUCCCCGGCCGGUUAGAGUUCGAGGACGGGUGGCCCUUGUAGGGGACGCCGCCGGCUACGUUACAAAGUGUUCCGGCGAAGGAAUAUAUUUCGCGGCGAAAUCAGGGAGAAUGUGUGGGGAAGCAAUAAUAAGAGCAUCGGAGGGAGGAGAGGUGAUGAUCAAGGAAGAAGAUUUGAAGAGGGAGUAUCUGAGAGAGUGGGAUAACAAGUAUUUUGACACAUUUAGGGUUUUGAAUUUGUUGGAGAAGGUGUUCUAUGGGAGUAAUGCAGCUAGGGAGGCUUUAGUGGAGAUGUGUGGGGAUGAUUAUGUGCAGAGAAUGACAUUUGAUAGCUAUUUGUAUAAGAAGUUAGCUAGAGGAGAUGGGUUGAAGGAUGUGAAGAUGGUGUUUGAUACUAUCGGGAGUCUAUUGAGGUGUAAGAUUAUGGGAGAUGAAGGUUUAAGAUUGGGAUUGACUAGUGUUUUGGGAAGACCAUCUUCAAGUAAGAAAUUAUCAAUUUUGGAUUAAGCUUCUUCUCCAACAUUGAUCACUUGGGCUAAUCAUUAGAAGACAUGUAUUAUGCUAGUUGCCAAAAGUGUUAGUGUUUGUAUUUUUCAAAUUCUAUUUAUCUAUCUCAGAGGGUGAUAUGAAUGUUCUAUUAUGCUCAAUCAACACACUUGAAGGAUUAUACGAUCUAUCGAGUGUGGAAAUAGGUCAAUAUCUCUAUUGGGAAAUA